AUGCCAUCGUAUUUUGUGCAGAAAAUGAGAAUAAAUAAGAAAUAUUUGCUCAUACAAUUGUUUUGUUUAUGUGUUACAGAAGAAGAUAUUGAUGAGUUCAAUAUACACGUAUCGAGGUACAGACCAGAAGAGUUAACAAAGCUCACAAAAAUCACCAAGUUCAAUAAAAAAGAAAUUCAACUAAUUUAUAGAGGUUUUAAACAGGAGUGUCCUACUGGUAUGGUAGAUGAAGAUUCGUUCAAACACAUAUUCUCACAGUUUUUUCCCCAAGGUGAUGCCUCACAAUAUGCCCAAUAUGUGUUCAAUACAAUCAAGAGAAAUCAAACUGGAAAAAUUAGCUUCGAGGAUUUUUUGGCCAUAUUGUCCAAAGUUUCUCGAGGAAGUGUUCAAGAGAAACUUCAUUGGAUAUUUGGGUUGUAUGAUCUCAAUAAAGACGGAGUUAUAACAAAAAAAGAAAUGCAAGACGUAGUACAUUCCAUUUAUAGCAUGCUAGGGAGACAUACUGACCCACAAGUAGAUGAUCAAUCUGCAAAAGACCAUGUUGACCGAAUUUUUCAUUUAAUUGACAAAAACAAUGACGGUAACGUGACCUUAGAUGAGUUGAUCGAAUGGUGCAGCCGGGACGAGGGAAUACUCCAGUCGCUGGACACGUUAGACACUGUUUUGUGA